AUGCCGGCGGACGAGGACCACGACCCGUGCAUGCUGCCACCCGACCCGGGCACUUGCGGCGCCGACACCGAGGCGGCGCUCGUCGAGGACGACACCGGCGUGCGCGCGCGCCGCGUCGGCGCCUUCUCCCAACUGGGCGACGCGUGCAGCCUGGCGCCCGACGCCGGCCCGUGCCUGGGCGAGCAGACGCGCUGGCACUACGACCCGGUGAUCGGCCGCUGCCGCAAGUUCUUCUACGGCGGCUGCGAGGGCAACGCCAACAACUUCGCCGACCGGGCCGAUUGCGCCGAGGCGUGCGGCCGCCGCGCCGAGCCCGGCCGCCGCGACCGGCAGUGUCGCGGCCCGCCCAAGCGCCAGGGCUCCCGCCGCUGCUUCGACAGCAUCCAGCGCUACACGUACAGCGAGAUCGACCGCUACUACUAUGACCCAGCCUCCGGCCGCUGCCGCCGCUUCAUCUACGGAGGCUGCCGCGGCAACGCCAACAACUUCGAGACGAUGCGGGAGUGCAUGAGCACGUGCCGGGACGUGAGCCCGACGGACGGUAGCGGCGAGCGGCCGGAGGUGGACUGCUCGGCGCCGCCGGUCGACCCGCGCGCCCCCUCCUGCACCGCCCGUCUCCGCCGCUUCUAUUACAGCGUGCCUGCUGGCCGCUGCGUCAGCCUGCUGUACGGCGGCUGUGGCGCCACCGACAACAACUUCGCCACGCAGUCGAGCUGCGAGCGCAGCUGUCCUGCGGGCGCUGUUAAUCAGACGGAGAUGUGCCUGGCACCGUCGGCGGACCCGGGCAACUGUCUGGGCCGCGUGGAUCGCUUUACGUACGACUCGACCACCGGCGAGUGCUUCCAGUUCGACUACACCGGCUGCGGCGGCAGCGACAACAACUUCGCCAGCCGACGCGAGUGUCUGGAGCUGUGCCGAGGCGUCACCGGCGAAGCGAAUCAAGACGUGUGCCUCCUCCCACCGGAUGCGGGUCCUUGCACGGGCCGGGUGGAGCGGUACUUCUACAGCGCUGCCACCGGCCGCUGCCAGCAGUUCUCCUAUGGCGGUUGCGAGGGCAAUGGCAACAACUUUGAGACUGCUCGGGAGUGCACCAGCCGAUGCACCGGCAGCAAGAUCGAACCGGGCGGCGCAAUCUGCAGACAACGCUCCUUGGUGGGACCCUGUGCGGGCAGCUUCACCCGGUACUACUUUGACGACACCAGCAAACGGUGCCAGCAGUUCAUCUACAGCGGCUGCGGGGGCAACUCAAACAACUUUGAGACCCGCAGCGAAUGCGAGCGGUCCUGCCCAGCCACCCCUGGCCCUGGCCCUGGCCCUGGCCCGACCCCCAGCGAAGAGCUGUGCCGCCUACCCGCGGAGGCCGGACCAUGCUUCGCGGCGCUGCCGCGCUUCUACUACGACCCGUCGCGCCGAGCCUGCCGCGACUUCACCUACGGCGGCUGCGCCGGUAACGCCAACAACUUCGAAACCCUGGCUGCGUGCAACGCGCGCUGCGGUGAGAGCAGCGAGCGGCCGGCGCGCUGCCUCGCCCCGCCGAGCGGCGAUGGCACGUGCAACGAGCCGCGACAGGCGCGUAGAGUCUACUUUGACGCGCGCGCCGGCCGCUGCGCGGUGCGCACCAGCAGCGACUGCCCGUCCGAGAACAGCUUCCGGUUGGCCGCCGACUGCCGCGAGGAGUGUGUCGUGCCGGAGUCGGCGCGCGCCCCGUUCGAGUAUGGCGGCUGCGGCGGCAACGCCAACAGCUUCGAGACGCUGGCCGCCUGCCUCGGCGCGUGCCGCGGUCUCCGGCUGAGUAACGCCGGCAACCUGUCGAACGCCUGCAUGGAGCCGCCCGUGCUGGACGACCUCUGCGAGCCGCAGGAGCGGCCGGAGAUGCGCUGGACCUUCAACGCCGAGACGCUCAGGUGUGAGGACUUCGAGUCGUCCGGCUGUGAAGUGGGGCCCAACAUCUACCGCAGCCGGCGGGCGUGCGAACGCUCGUGCCAGCCGCGCCCGGUGUUCGGCUGCACGCCCGGCCGCCAGCGCACCGUCUUCUUCUACGCGGCUAACCGCGGCGUGUGCCUCACACUGGUUGACGACGGCUGCCUCAGCGGCGACAACAUGUACUCCACCAGAGAGGAGUGUUUGCAGAGCUGCGCGGGCGGUGGCGAAGGAGGAGCCAUCUGCCGGCUGCCCGUAGAACCCGGCAGCACCUGCAGGGGUAGACUGCGCCGCUGGGCGUUCAGCACUGACACCGGCCGAUGCGAGUGGUUCUUCUACACGGGCUGUGACGGCAACGCCAACAAUUUCGAGUCGCGCGCGGAGUGUCAGUCUCGCUGUGGCGGGGACGUUAGCCAAGGCGGCGAGGACCGCGGUCCGCCGGAGUUCUGUCAGCUGCCGCCGCGCCGCCUGCUGGGCUGUCGGCCGUCAGGCGGCGAACAGCGCUUCUACUUCAACCGCGAGCGCCGCUCCUGCGACAGCUUCACCUACCGCGGCUGCGACAGCGGCGACAACAUGUUCACCAGCCGGGAAUCUUGUCUCUCCGUCUGCGCGCCCGGGGAGCGCGACCUGACCGAGCAGGCUGGGCAGAUGCUGAACGGACGAGCGCUGGAGGCUCGGCGCGUCGGUAACGGCGCGGACAGGGUUCCAACAUGA